UUCCCUCCUGUUGCAUAGCAGGAAGGACUGCUCUGGAGCCCACAGCAGCCCCUGCUUCCAGUUCCACCUUCAGCCAGCACCAGCCAGAGCUCAAGCAAGAGAGCUGCAGAAAGCUUCUCCUGCAAAGAGAGAGGCUUGUCUGUGGGGUAAGACAUGCAAUAGGUUUUCCUCAUUGAAGUUUGUUCUAUGUUUUUUUCUCCUCUUCAAAGAAACCCAUGUCCAAAGUCAGCAAAUGCCCAACCACAGCUCUGUGAGUGAGUUCCUCCUGCUGGCAUUCGCAGACACACGGGAGCUGCAGCUCCUGCACUUCGCGCUCUUCCUGGGCAUCUACCUGGCUGCCUUCCUGGGCAACGGCCUCAUCCUCACCGCCAUAGCCUGCGACCACUGCCUCCACACCCCCAUGUACUUCUUCCUCCUCAACCUCGCCCUCCUCGACUUGGGCUGCAUCUCCACCACUCUCCCUAAAGCCAUGGCCAAUUCCUUGUGGGAUAGCAGGGCCAUCUCCUAUCAAGGAUGUGCUGCACAAGUCCUCUUUUUCAUCUUCUUUUUUGGUUCAGAGUAUUCCCUUCUCACUGUCAUGGCCUAUGACCGCUAUGUUGCCAUCUGCAAGCCCCUGCACUAUGGGAGCCUGCUGGGCAGCAGAGCUUGUGCCCAGAUGGCAGCAGCUGCCUGGGGCAGUGGCUUUCUCUAUUCUGUCCUGCAUACGGCCAAUACAUUUUCCCUGCCCCUCUGCCAAGGCAACGCUGUGGACCAGUUCUUCUGUGAAAUCCCCCAGAUCCUCAAGCUCUCCUGUUCAGAUGCCUACCGCAGGGAAGUUGAGUUACUUGUGUUCAGUUUUUCUUUAGUAUUUGGUUGUUUUGUUUUCAUUGUUUUCUCGUAUGUUCAGAUUUUCAGGGCCGUGCUGAGGAUGCCCUCUGAGCAGGGCCGGCACAAAGCCUUUUCCACAUGCCUCCCUCACCUGGCCGUGGUCUUGCUGCUUAUCAGCACAGCCAUGUUUGCCUACUUGAAGUCCCCCUCUGUCCCCUCCCCAUCCCUGGACCUGGUGGUUGCAGUUCUGUACUCGGUGGUGCCUCCAGCAGUGAAUCCCCUCAUCUACAGCAUGAGGAACCCACAGCUGAAGAAUGCAAUGAGGAAACUAUGGAGGUUUCUCUGUAAAUAA